GCACUUUCCAACAGAAGGAACUGCUGCAGAAGCAACUGCUGCACUGUCGACACGGUGGCACCAGUUUCCUGUUGCUAGUGUCGGCAGCUCACUUUGCAAUUGACCAUGUUUGGCUCGAGCUCCUCAUCCAGCAGCUUCUACCCGCCGUCGCCCGCCUUUGGCCGACCCAAGUCGGCGGCAGUCACGCGCGUCGCCAGCAUGACCUCCGACGCUGCCGCCCGCCGCUGGGCCAACGACAACGGCCUUGCGAUCAUGAACGUCUCGUGGGAAGACGCCGCGCGCAACAAGAACAGCGCGUACGGGCCGUGCAUCUCGGACAUGACGCUCGUCGUCGAGAACACGUGGAUGCCCGUGCUGCGCGUGCCCAAUUUUUCAGAUCCGAUCAUGAGCAUCCCGACGAGCAAGAUCAUGGUGACAGUCGGGAACGAGUCGCCCCACAACGUGCCAUUGACCAAGAUCUCGCUCCACGAGUACCUCGACAACAUCCACAAAUACACGGAGCUCGAGCGCAGCUUGUACGCGCCAGCGCACGACCACCAAGCCCUCGUCAGCACGCAGGCGUGCUUUUUGCCCAUCGAAGAGGCGACCGGCAAGGCCGAGUUCCACGUCGGUCUCACCAACUACCAAGCCCGCGAGAACGACCCUGCCGUGCUCGUCCUCGUCUGCACAGACACUGGCACGAGUGCCCAAGUCAUGACGCAGCGCAGUGCGACCUUGUUUUGCAACAACAAGGGCAGCAAGCACACGUUCAUUGCCGAGCGGCUCUCGACCGACCGCGCCAAGCGGGGCGUUGCGACCACGGGCGCCAUGACGGAAGCCGAAGAGGCGCGCAACUACGUCAUGAUCAUCCAGAUCCCGCUCGAGCAAAAGCCGGUGUCGUUUGGCACUGGCGGCUUUGGCGCCUCCUCGGGUUUCAGCGGCUUUGGCGUCGCCUCCAGCACGAGUUUUGGCGGCUCGCCCGGUAUGGCCUUUGGGGCCGCGCAGCAGUGCAACAUGGCCGCGACCCCUUUUGCUAUGCCCGCCACGUCCGCGUUUUCAUUUGGUGCUCCAUCGACGCCGAAUGUCGAGGCAGCGAUGGUCGGCCUCAGCGACGCCAAGGGUCCAUUCCCGAAAAUCAGUGCUUUUAGCCACGUCCGUCGCAACGCCAAGUACCCGAUCCGCGUCACGGUGCAGUUUUACCAAGCGACGAGCAACGGCGUCGUCUCGGCCGCGAUCCUGCAGGACCUCGCCAGCAAGAUGGACCAAGUCAAGACCAACGCGACCUGGUGGGGCUCGCUCGUGACACCCGCCGCGACGCCGCCGCUGUUUGGCGCCGCCAACUCGGUCUUUAACCCCCACGCCGGCGUCAACUGCGACAUGUGCCGGUCUGAGCUCACGACAAGCGUCCGCUACAAGUGUGCGUUCUGUGCCGACUAUGAUGUCUGCGCCAACUGCAUCGAGCAUGCCGACACGCAACACCCGCACCCGUUCCUGCGUCUCACCAAAGCGUCGGCAGCGUACGGCGCCAAGACGUACGCGGUCAUGAACCGAGCAAACGUGUCGCACAACGUGGCGUGCUCGUCGUGCAAGGCGAACAUCGUGGGCGUGCUGCACCAAUGCACGCACUGCCCCAACAUUCGCUUGUGCGAAGCCUGCGAGGCGACGACGGGCCAUGGUGAUUUUCAGCACCCGUUGAUCAAGGUGUUUCAGGCCGCAGUCUAAAGCCAGUCAAAACCUAGUUCAUUUACUAAUCUAUAUAAGACCAAUGGCCUUGAUAUGACGUUCGUUGUAUUAAGGGAUAUAACAACAAUAUAUCCCUUGGUUGUAUGCACGUACUAGUAUAUUUAUGACUUCUGCUUGGUUGAGA